CUUGAUGCACUGGUACUACAGGCAGCCGUGCUGUCCUUGGCCUAUGUCAUCUUCAGCCUGCUUCGCCCGGCUUACAAGCCGACCUACCUUCUCGACUUCUACUGCCUCAGGCCUCCUGACAGGUUGGAAAUGUCACGGGCAGAGAUGGUUGCCGGCACCCGCCGCCCAGAGCACGGCUGCAGCCAGCUUCUCAUUGACUUCUCCGAAAAAGUGCUGGAGAUCUCAGGCCUGGGCGACAGGACAUACGUGCCUGAACGAAUGGACAUUCCUAAGACCAUGGCCGACGCGCGCUGUGAGACCGAGCUUGCGCUGAUUGUAAGCAUCCAGAAAGUGCUGGACCGCACAGGCCUCAAGCCCUCACAGGUGGACGCCCUAAUCGUGAACUGCUCAGCAUUCAACCCGACGCCCUCCCUGUCGGCAAAGAUGGUCAACCAUUUCAAGUUCAGGCAGGACAUCCGCACCUUCAACCUGUCCGGCAUGGGCUGCGCCGCGUCAGUCAUCGCAGUGGACAUGGCUCGCGACAUGCUGGCGGUGCACCCCAAGAUGCGCAUCCUGGUGGCGGGCACAGAGAACAUCACCUGGAACAUUUACACGGGCAACCAGCGCUCCAUGCUCAUCACCAACUGCAUCUUCCGCCUGGGCGCUGUGGCCUUCAUGAUGUCCAAUCACCCGGCCGACCGCCGCCGCGCCAAGUACCAGCUGCAGCAUGUGGUCCGCACCCACCUCGGCGCCUCCGAUGAAGCCUACAACGCUGUGAUCCAGAGGGAGGACGACGACGGAGUGAUCGGCGUAAAGAUCGGCAAGGAGCUGAUGAACGUGGCCGGAAUGGCCCUCAAGGCCAACAUCACACAGCUGGGGCCCCUCGUCCUGCCCAUCUCCGAGCAGCUCAUCUUCGCCGGCAACUUCGUCGCGCGCAAGGUGCUGGGCUUGAACGUGAAGGCGUACACCCCGGACUUCAAGACGGCCUUCGACCACUUCUGCAUCCACCCUGGCGGCAAGGCGGUCAUCUCCAGCGUGGGAACCCAGCUGAAGCUGACCAAGGAGCAGUGCAUGCCCAUGCUCGUGCCCUUCGAGCGCUAUGGCAACACCUCCUCAUCCUCCACCUGGUACGCAUGGUCAUACGUGGAGACGUUCCAAAAGGUGCGCAAGGGCGACCGCGUGUGGCAGCUCUCCUUUGGUUCCGGCUUCAAGUGCGCCUCGGCCGUCUGGGUGGCUCUGCGCAAGAACGAUGAGAAGCACGAUGCCUGGACUGACACCCCCUCCUGGGAGUGA